CUGUUUUUGCUAAUCGCUUGCUGCAGCUACGUCGUCGUUUAGUUCGUUUCUUCCUUCGAAUGCAAGUAAUUCGCUGUUUAAUCGAAUUCUGGGUCCAGCUAGUGUAGUGAGUCAACAACAUUUUGACUAGGUGAAAUUAUUCUUAAGAAUUGCAAAUACCUAUUUGGCUGAUAUGUGCUGCACUCAGGAAUCCUACGACUAGGGAAAUCUCGAGGCCAUCGGACAGAGGAACCUUAAAAACUGCACACUUAACGCACCAAAGAACAGGAGGUUGCAUCUUUGUACGUCGUGAAUAUACGUUCGUCACUCCGUGUCGUCUUUGCGUCCCCGAUUCGUUUCCCAUGCGUGUCCCGGAUGCAUCGCAGAAAUGGGCUUUGCUGCAGUAAGGUGAAGGGACAAUCCCGUGCAACAAAGGAAAAUAAUAAAAAAUAAACGCCUUUAAGCGGAACGAAUCAAACUAGGUAUCUAACUAGUUCUGUUGCUGCUCUUGUCUUCUGCUGCUGGUGGUGGUGAUAAUUCGUUCGUUGAGGUCGUCUUCCUGUAGCGAAGUCAGCGAUCUCGAGAUGAGUAACUACUCGUCUGCUUCGUCGCCAGCAUCGCCACCACGUCCGGAGCAAAUUGGUAGGAGCCUGGCGGAGGAAUUGGGCCACCAAGAAAGCCACACCACAAAUGGCUCAGUAAAUCGAUCGACGGCACAGAAUUUCGAUUCCAACAGCAACAGUACUUUUGGGGCACCUGUUUCGGGAGGAAGCAGCAGCAGACCGACGGGUCAGUACAAAAUGAACAUCAACAAUGGAGGAGAGGAUGGGGUGGAAGAAGCACCAGUUUUGGGAAGCUCACGGGCGGCCUUGAACGAAGAGCGAUUACGACGAAAGUUGCAAUUUUUCUUCAUGAAUCCAAUCGAAAAGUGGCAAGCCAAGCAGCGGUUUCCCUACAAGUUUGUCGUACAAGUGAUAAAGAUAGUUCUUGUGACGUUGCAGCUCUGUCUGUUUGCACAUUCCCGAUACACCCACGUGAACUACACUUGGGACAAUACCAUUACAUUCUCGCAUCUGUUUCUGCGUGGCUGGGACAUCACGAUGGAAGUCAGUACUUAUCCGCCGGAAACGGGGCCACUUUCGGUGUACGUCAUAGAAGAUUUUUUCAAAACCAUUGACUAUGCCAUCGAUGGAUACGCGAACCUAUCGGAAGCGAUUGGACCCUACUCUUAUCCCAAUGAGGAUAACUCGAUGGCACCGAUGCAGCUGUGCUUGUACCGAUACAAAGACGGUACCAUUUUCGGGUUCAACGAAAGCUACGUUUUCAAUCCGGAAAUCGACACCCUCUGUCUGGACAUGGACAGCAACGUUACCCAGAUUGGUAGUCGAAAGUACCUUCAUCAAAAAGGUAUCUACAUAAAUUUCUCAGCACUGGUCAAAGCUGAACUAACGUUUGCCAUCAAAACCGUCAAUUUUAAGGCGGCCGGACCAAUCACGGCUCCCGAUUGUUACCAGUUUGAUAUUCUCAUCAUGUUCAACAAUCAGGAUCACGACGGCCAAAUGACUCUAAGGCUGGAAGCCGAACCAACCCGGCUUGUUUGCCACGGCGAUGUCGAAUUCGUCAAAAAUUCUCGAAUUGAAGACGCCCUCCGAAGUGUCCUCAACAUACUAGUCAUCCUGAUCUGUCUCGCGUCCUUUGCGCUUUGUGCCCGUGCCAUUUACCGCGCCCAACUUCUACGGGUUAUUACGUGUGAUUUCUUCAAGGAUAACUUUGGCAAAGAUCUGUCCAACGAUGGCAAGUGGGAGUUCAUCAAUGUGUGGUACAUAAUGAUCGUCUGCAACGACGUGCUUCUCGUCAUCGGUUCCGCCCUCAAGGAACAAAUCGAACAGAAACAUUUUAUUGCCGAUGACUGGAAUGUAUGCUCACUGCUCCUAGGAAUCGGCAACCUACUGGUGUGGUUCGGAGUCCUACGAUACCUGGGCUUCUUCAAAACCUACAACGUGGUCAUCCUGACCCUCAAAAAAGCGGCCCCAAAAAUCCUUCGAUUCCUGCUCUGCGCCCUCCUCAUCUAUGCCGGUUUCACUUUCUGUGGCUGGCUAGUCCUAGGACCGUACCACAUCAAAUUUCGGUCCCUAUCGACCACUUCCGAGUGUCUUUUCUCGCUCAUCAACGGAGACGACAUGUUUGCCACCUUCACCAUCAUGUCCGAGAAGUCCUUGAUGCUCUGGUGGUUCUGCCGCAUCUAUCUGUACUCCUUCACCAGCCUCUACAUCUACGUGGUCCUAUCCCUAUUCAUCUCGGUCAUCAUGGAUGCGUACGACACCAUCAAAAAGUAUUACAAGGAGGGCUUCCCGCUCUCGGAUCUGCGUCAGUUCGUGGGUCCGUAUCACCCCAACGACUUCACCGCCGGAGUAUUCAGGGACGACGACUACGAAUGCGAGUACCCCUCUUUCGGCCAGGUCCUCCGACGGACGCUCUGCUUCUGGCGAUCCAGUCAGGAUCGGGGACCCAGCGGCUACACUUCACUCAUUCCCAAAAACUCGAACGCGCCCUAGACACACUACAAACAAGCGGUCAGGAAAACCAAACAGGUCUAAACCAAAAAGAAAUAAAUGGAGGAAAGCAAACUGCUGCAAUUCGUGAUUGAUAUUUUCUUUAGUGUUAUGUGUAUACGAAAAUUGAACAUGAUGAGGCCAACGGAAAGCAUUCACCGGAUAUUUGUUAAACCACUAGCAUUCAUCACACUGAUAGCAAAAGUUUAUAUAUGUAGAUCUUUAUUGUUUUUAAGGUGAGAAAAUAAACGCAAUUUGUAGAUACUGUCCAA